UGUCUCAAAAUAUCUUCUUGUUGUAUGAUUUAUCUGCCUACUUAUAAGACCUACGCGCCAACAAACCCCCUAUCAUCUGCGCUCUAACCUGUUACUACUGUCAAAAGCAGCACUCCAAGACUACCAAGCUGCAAGCUAGCUUGCCGAAGAAAAGACAGCUAGCUAGCAGAGAAAGGAAGAAGGGAAGAAACAGUAAAGAAAACAAAGAGAGAAGCAGAUUGAGGUCAGAAGAAACCAACGAUGAUGAGAAAUAGUAACCACCUGAUUGGGUUUCUGAACUUCUUUACUUUCCUCCUCUCGAUCCCAAUCCUCGGAGGUGGAAUAUGGCUGAGCACCAGAGCCAACAACACCGACUGCCUCAAGUUCCUGCAGUGGCCCUUGAUAGUUAUCGGGGUCGCCAUCAUGGUCAUCUCACUCGCCGGUUUCGCCGGCGCGUGUUACCGGAACACCUUUCUGAUGUGGGUUUACCUCUUCGCCAUGUUCUUCAUCAUCGUCGCGCUUAUAGGGUUCAUCAUCUUCGCCUACGCUGUCACCGACAAAGGGUCCGGCAAGAAAGUGACGGACCGGACGUAUUCUGAGUAUUUUCUGAAGGACUACUCCGGCUGGCUGAAGGAUCGCGUCAUGGAUGAUAGCUACUGGUCCAAGAUUAGCUCCUGCAUAAGGGACUCCAAGGUUUGCAGCAAGAUGGGGAAGACUGUUGGGGGUGCUCCCGAAACUGCUGAGACGUUUUAUCGCAGAAACCUCAACCCUCUUGAGUCUGGUUGCUGCAAGCCUCCCACAGAGUGCGGCUAUGUCUAUGUUAACGAGACCUUUUGGAGCUCUGGAGUAGUGACGGGAAGCAACCCUGACUGCACUAAGUGGAACAAUGAUCAAGAACAACUCUGCUAUUCCUGCGACUCUUGCAAAGCUGGUGUGCUGGCCAGCCUCAAGAAGAGUUGGAGGAAGGUCUCUGUGAUUAACAUUAUUGUGUUAAUCAUCCUGGUAAUCGCUUACGUGGUUGGCUGUGCGGCAUUUAGGAACAAUCGUCGGAUUGAUAACGAUGAACCCUACGGCGAGGCAAGGAUGACAAAGGAACGACCUAGUAGAAUCCAUCUUUAAUUAUUACAGGGGGAUUAACAAAUAAAGCUUAGUUUGUCAAGGAUGUAUAAUGAAGUUUUGGUAUUCCUUUUAAGGGAUAUGGCUUAACUUGGGAGUCUUGGACAGGUGGAAGUUGGUUCGUUUUAAAGUUUGGUGGUUGUAUAUGUUAAUAAUUUCAAUAUCUUUUUGGUUUU